GCCCAGGUGUAGUUGGGAAAGUUCACAGGGAAGGCUGGGCUGAGGAGGGGCUUUGUAGGUGGAGAGACUUGAGUACGUUCUUAGGCUGAAGAGAGAGACUCACCAAUGGAGUGAGGGCUCAGAGGCAACUGAGACUCUGAGACGUGAGCCUGACGAGCAGCGUCCCCCAUCCGUCUCGGUCUCCAGACCCCCACUCUCAACUACUGCACCCCCCUCCCCAGUUCUGGACGUGGGGGUUGAGGGAGUCUGAAGGCACGUGAGAGGGUUUGGUCUCGGGGAUCAGGAGCCACAGGCACCAGCCUCGGUUUCCCCUCCUGCACAUAGGGCAAGUCGCUUCUUGCUGUGUGAGGCUCUGGCAUUUCCUGUCGGCAGCCCAGUACCAGGCGCAUCCCCCGGGAAGUGACGCAGGCCUUGCGAUCAGUGACCCGCCUUUCCUAGAAGGGGGAACAGGAAGGCCAGUGGGCUCAGCCUUUUGUUGCGGUGUGUAGGGUGCAGCUGGGCCCUCGCCCUGGGCCACACACACAGGAUGGCGUUUGCCCAGCUCUGUCCCCCCCAGACACUCUGGUGGCCAGCCAGAACACAGCACCCCAUUCCGCUGAUGGGGAAACUGAGUUCUGGAGACGUCGCACAAUUUCCCCCGGGCCACCCAGCCAGAACCAGACUCCGGAUGUGUCCUCCACCACAGGGGUGGAAGUCAGGCAGCCCAGCACAGUAGAAGCUCGGGACAGUCCCCUCGCCUCCCUGUGCCUCAGUUUCCGCCCCCCCGUAAAACGGGCACAAUAGCGAUUCCUGCCCCACGGGGGUGAAAUGCAAGAAUGCACAAGAGGCGUCGGCCAGGCAGCUGGCACCUCUUCGUGCUGCUAUUAGUACUGAUCCCGGCAUGCCCCAGAAGUGAUGGGGGUCUGGGGUGCCACGUCGCGGGGUCCUGACUGGGCCUGAGCUCUGAAAGGGGGCGGUUCCCUGUAGGAUCGUGGACGUUGGGGGCCAGAGGUCAGAACGUAAGAAGUGGAUCCACUGCUUCGAGAACGUGAUCGCGCUCAUCUACCUGGCUUCGCUGAGCGAAUAUGACCAGUGUCUGGAGGAAAACAACCAAGAGAACCGGAUGAAGGAGAGCCUGGCCCUAUUUGGCACCAUCCUGGAACUUCCCUGGUUCAAAAGCACCUCCGUCAUCCUCUUCCUCAACAAAACCGACAUCCUGGAGGAGAAGAUCCCCACCUCCCACCUGGCUACCUACUUCCCCAGUUUCCAGGGCCCCAAGCAGGACGCGGAGGCGGCCAAGAGCUUCAUCCUGAACAUGUACGUCAGCAUGUACGCCAGCUGCGUGGACGGCGCCGACGCCGACCGGAAGGGCACGCGCUCCCGGCGCCUCUUCAGCCACUACACGUGCGCCACGGACACGCAGAACAUCCGCAAGGUCUUCAAGGACGUGCGGGACUCGGUCCUGGCCCGCUACCUGGACGAGAUCAACCUGCUGUGACCCAGGCCCCGCCGCCCCCGGGCUCGGACCCCCGCGCAGCAGGCGACACCUGCGGGCAAGCGGGCAGGAGGCGCGCCCGGAUGACCCUGGUGGCUCCAGGCUCAGGGGGCGGAAGGGCCGCCAGGGAGUCGGAGAUGGAAGGCUGGUCGCCGCCCCGACCCUUCUCUGCCCGUCGCCAGGACAGAUCCCGGGGUCUCCCUCCCUUGACUCAGUUUACCCCCUUGGGGAGGGAGCAUUUGGGAUGGCAGGGUGGAGGAAGAGGUGAAGAGAGCGGGGGACCGAGAACUUGGUGGGUGGAGGACAGAGCCCCACAGCCAGGUAUGUCCCCUCCUGGGCGGGGGUAUGUCCCCUCCUUGGGACCCGCCUGGGGGUGACGCACGCGCUCUGGGAUGGGGAAAGUGGUCCUUCAGGGGGAGGGAUGCAGACUCUUGCGCCCCCUGGCGGACAGGAGGCGACAUCUCCCAGCCUGAGAUCUGGGUACGGCCCGCACUUCCCUUUUCUUGGGAGGGAGAGACACCCCCGGAAGACGCUGUCCCUUUCAGAGCCUCGUGGCUCAAAGUGUGUCCUGACCCGGUUUGCAGAAGAGGGACACCGAGGCCCACAGGCCUCCCCGCUCCUUCCCUGGCUGGGAUGCAGGCACGCUGCGUCUUACAUCCUUCUGUAUUUAUUCUCUCACCUUCUGCGGGCCCCUUGCCCGGUGGACAUUAAAGGAAUGACAUUCUGGAGACCUA